UCCAAGAUUCUUCAAGUAAAAUAUGCACCGUUGAAUGUGAACGUUGAGUACAAGGUCGACGUAAAGGAGGGAGAAACUGUGGAUCUCACUUGCUCCAGUGAGGCUCACCCUCCUGUCAGCCACUAUGAGUGGCACAAUGAAACUGGAGCAAAGAUCUCUCAGGGAAACCUCUACAUAGUGUCAAAUGUUUCUAGAACCAUUGGAGCAAUGUAUUGUGUCGCUAUGAACGACGAGGGAAAAAAUGUUUCACGGCCUGUCCAGCUCAAUGUUUUAUAUGCUCCUGAGAUAAAGACUGAGUCGUCAUGCUCAGCAGAAGGCAACUGGGUGAAGUGCGAGUGUAUUGUGGACUCCAAUCCUGCCAGCACCGUCACAUUUAAGCUUUCUGACAAAAUUCAGCCUGGAACGACAAGAGAUAAAAAUGGUUUCUAUACCAUAAAGAUUCUUUGGAAAGACAUUGAGCCUUUCAAAUUUGUGCAGUGUUUGGCAUCUAACAUUGAAGGGGAAGCCAUGCAAACACUCUCUAUACCUCAUGACGAGAUGACGCUUUACAUUUUCAUUGCCAGUGGAGCAGCAGGAUUCUUGCUGUUGGUUAUACUUGUAGUGGGAGUUUGUAAGAAAUGCAGGGGGAAACCUAGAGACACUUCAGGAUUAAACAUGAGUGCCAUGAUGACAGAAAGGCCUCAGGAAGCACCAGAGAAGGCCUCAAAAAGGAACAAGAUUUGUGAUGAUCCAUAUACUUCUGAUAUUUAUAUGAAUGAAGAUAUGUAUGGAAAUGUUGGAAUUGACUGGGAUGAUCAAAUAUAUGCCAAUGUCUAACAAAUAAAGGAAAAGCUGCAGCCUGUUUACCAGCUUGAUGAAAAAUAUUAAUAUUCUGGUGUGUAAUUAAUGGUCUAAUUAUAUUUUAAGUUUGUUCUGUGUAACUAUUUUGAUGUGUGUUGCAGAUGUUCUGUGCAGAUCCGUUGUGCAAAUGUAAUCUACAUCUCAACUGUGUUAACCAGGUUAAAUAAAGGAAAUUAAUUCUGU